UUCAAUUAGGGUUUCUAACUGGAGGCUAUAAAAGGAGCCCUAAAUCGAGCACUAUCGUCACUCCGCCUCUCAUCUCUCUAGGGUUUUGGUUUUCUUCGAUUCAAAAAUGGAGCAAUCCUUCAUCAUGAUCAAGCCCGAUGGCGUCCAGCGCGGCCUGGUUGGUGAGAUAAUCAGUCGAUUUGAGAAGAAAGGUUUCUAUCUCAAAGGGAUGAAGCUUUUGACUGUGGAGAAAUCGUUUGCGGAGAAGCACUAUGCGGACCUCUCCGCAAAGCCCUUCUUUCCAGGGCUGGUGGAGUACAUCGUUUCGGGACCAGUGGUCGCUAUGGUGUGGGAGGGGAAGAACGUUGUUGUGACUGGCCGGAAGAUCAUCGGCGCUACCAACCCAUCUGAUUCCGCCCCUGGUACCAUCCGUGGUGAUUUGGCCAUCGAAGUUGGCAGGAAUGUCAUUCAUGGAAGUGACUCCAUUGAGAGUGCACGCAAAGAAAUCGCCUUGUGGUUUCCAGAGGGCAUUGCAGCAUGGCACAGCAGCCAACACCCCUGGAUUUAUGAGUAAAGCUUGCAUGCAGCUUUAGCUUACCAGGCUACCAGUUCCGAGUCUUGAUUUUUAUAUGCUUGAUUUUCCAUUAAUGGAACUUAAAUUCUGUCGCUCUUGGCUAUGUUACCAUCAGUACUUAUGGUCCUAAUGUGAUGCUUAUGUGUAUGGACGGUUGUUGAGUGGUAUAUUUAAUCGGUCUCCAGCAGUAGACUUGGGUUAUUUUUUUCCAGUAAAUUAAGAUGUCUGCUUUUCCGUUUUUAAAUAAAAUUCAGAGGCCUUGUCUGGUUGUA